AAAAUUUUUAUUAAUAUAAUAGUAUAAAAUUAAUUAAUUAAUUUUUUAGAGAGAAUUAAUUUUAAUCUUUGAAUUUUUGAUCAUAAUAAAAUGAGUAGAAGACCAUGAUGCUAUUUUACAACACAGUAGAUGUGUAUGGUUUUGUAUAUUUUAUUAAAUUAUGAUGUUCCUAGUAAGGAUGACUGUUUAUUUUUCUUUUGGCUGAGUUUAGAAAUUGUGUAACGAGAAUUAUGAAUUGUUGUAAAUCUAGCAUGUUUCAAUUACUUAUUUUUUAUGUAAAGCGAAUGGUAAAGUAGCAAAGUGCAAGGGAAUAUCACCAAAUAUAAAAUCUUUUAUUGCUUACAACUCUAGCUUAAACCGAUUUACAGAGAUUUGGAAGAUGAAAGUUAAAGAAGAUAGAUAGUACAUACAGUGCAUCGGAUUAUUGGAACAUGGCGGGUUUGGAAUUGUUUACCAGAAAUAGUUUGUCUUCUCUACGAAGUAGUAGUGAAUCGUCCAUACUCGGCCUGAUUCCUGAAUCUCUUCAUCCGAUUUCUGACGAAAACAGUUGGUCCUGGUCUUAUCUCAGAGAACAAUUUCGUGUAAAAAAUGCAGAAUCGCUGUUCCAUAGAUAUCAAGCACGGCUCCAACAUGCUAUGUUCAUGGUCGCUCUCAUGCUCAAUAUAUUUUAUAAUGUUAUGUCCAUUGUUAUAUAUUUAGUUUUUACUGAGGACCGCGAAAGUACAGUUUCUUCGGUAUCACUUAGUUUUCGUUGUUUCGGCUUGGCUGUUCAUCUUUCAAUUUUUGUUGUAGCUUAUAAAGAAACAUGGUUCAAAACAGACUAUUCGCGAAUUUUCGUAGCUAGUAUAAUUCUUCUAACAAUGCUAGUAAGUGAACAUGGAACGAGUGUGUAUCAUCUAUCCAAAGAUACUUAUCCUCAUCACAACAUCCGUCAUACCUUCUAUAUUGUCAUAAUAUGCUUCUUAUUGUUGCCAUAUCCUAAUAUAUAUCAAUCUGCUAUUGCUGCUGCAGUGACGACAGCGAUAGAAUUAUGCACAUCUAUAAUGACUUACUCUCAAGAUUCUUCAAACAUGAAAUUAAGGAUUGCUGCUGAUGUCACUUUUUAUGUUAUUAUCAUCUCUGUCUGUCUCUGUAUUAAAUUUUUACUAGAAAUUAUUAACAGAAGAGCUUUUCUGGAUCGUAGAGAAUGUUUCGAAUCUAAAUUUACGUUCGAUUACGAGAAGGAUCAAGAGGAGCAAUUACUACUCAGUAUUUUACCAAGACAUAUCGCCACUCAAGUAAGAGAAGAUAUCAGACGAGUUUUGAAAAGUCUUGAUCAGCAUCCAUUACCUCAAAGGCCCUUUAAUGAAUUGUAUGUUGAAAAACAUAAAAACGUCAGCAUUCUCUACGCCGAUAUCGUUAAUUCUAUGCUUCUAACGGCAAGCUUAGAUGUUAGCGAUCUGGUAGAAACUUUGAAUGAAUUAUUUGGUAGAUUCGAUGAAUGUGCGGAGAAAAACAAUUGCAUGAGAAUUAAACUGCUGGGUGAUUGCUACUAUUGCGUGUCAGGUAUGCCUCUUCAUGAUCCUUAUCAUGCUGAUCACUGCGUGCAUAUGGGAUUAGAUAUGAUCGAAAUUAUAAGGAAAAUUCGAGAUGAAAGACACGUUAAUGUUGAUAUGCGUAUUGGAAUUCAUAGUGGAAACAUAUUGAGUGGUUUAUUAGGACUUAAAAAGUGGCAAUUCGAUAUAUGGUCCAGGGAUGUAACCAUUGCUAGUCGUAUGGAACAAUCAGGAAAAGCUGGACGGGUGCACAUUACGAACGUGACGAAGAAUCAACUGAAAGGAACUUUCGAUUUUCAACCCGGAAAUGGUCAUCUUCGUGAUCCUUAUCUGGCUGAAUAUCACAUUGAAACUUUUCUCAUAGUUCCUCCGUCUAAAAAACCAAUGAGAGAAAGUAUAUAUGAAUCCGUUUCUGAUGGAACUUUUCGCAUCCCGAAUCAUCUCAGGAAAACUUCUAUAUCCGGAAUUCAUAAAAAUAGUUUGAGAUUAUUAAAUAAACGUAACGGUGGAUCAGAAAUAUUGUCAUCUAGAAAAAGAACAGUUCUAGAUUAUAGGAAAUUUGAAUUGUUAUCCAAAUGGUGUUGUUAA